GCUGAGGGAUCUGGUGGAGUUGGGAACGGUCAGGGUGAGGGUCAUGGUUGGACUGGAGGAGCUUCAAGGGCUUUUCCAACUGAGAUCAUUCUGUGAUAGUGAACCUACCAGAUCGCCUUUUGAUAGGAACUAGAUUGUGGUUGAACUCUGAUCGUCAUAAUUUGACUUAAAAAAAAAAAAAUUGGCCUCACAGCGUUCUAUCAGUAAGAGCUGUAAGCAACACCACUAGGCAAUUCAAGAACCUAAAAUGGGAAGAGAAGGAGAUGCUGCUGAUCAUGUCUUGUCUCAGGCUGUCAUAUCAGACUGCAUUUAGCAGGGCUGUGGCAGUGUACAUGGUGGCAUGCAGAGCUGCUGUUGCGAGACUGCUUGUCCUGACAGAUUUGAAAUAGGGUCUGUGUUUCAGGCGCUGCUGUGCCAAAUUCGUUUCCCUUUGUUUCGCUAAGCCUUUGGGCUGGUGCAGUGAAUAGCUACAGAGGUGUUUUUUCAUAAUGCACUGGCGGGGGGUGUGGAUGUACAUAAGCCAGCAAUCCUCGCCCUCCCCGCUCAGUGGGCCAGAGUGUGGCUAAAAGAAAAACUUUUGCUCAAACCUCAGACAGUGGUGCAAGAGUUUUGAGUUGAAUUUGUGACACUAGGAGAUAUGGUCAGAAAUCUGGGCAUCAUUCUUUACUAUCCGAUGUGUGAAAUCACUCUCUUUGGGGGUGUGUGGCCAGACAUCAUACUUUGCCUCUAUGUCAGGCACCAUUUGGAGCAAUACAGCUCAAGCUGAGGGUUUGCUAUAAAAAUACACAGCCCCGUUGCUGUGCACAUGUUUCCAUCGUGAGCUUUUGAAGCAGAGCCUCCAUGCAGUGGCUGGUCUUUGCAAGCCUGUGGUGCCUGCCCUGAGCACAUGUUGACCAUUUCCUAGCUACAUCCUUUGCUGCAUGGGAACAUUGUCUGAUAAAUAUUGUGUUUCUUCCUUACACAUGGGGGUGGGCCUUUUAGAGCUAACAAGGAUGCCUUCUUGUUUAACAUGCUUGAAAGGGAGAGAGCAGCCAAAUUGCCCCCCGUCUUCCAGGACUUGGCAGGGGGCUGCGUGUUUUGAGUGUGUUUGGCAGAGUUUUGGUGUUCUGACUCAGCAAAUGAUAACAAAGGGAGGAUGGCAAAGCCUUCCUUUAUUCCAUAAUCCUGUUUGCUUUUCUGGAAAUCGGCUAUAGCCUCAGAAUCACUGACUCAAUUUUUGGAUCCUAUUCUCAUGACAAAGCGGCUGUCUGGUUUAAAACAAGCCCAUUAUAAAAAGGGUGCCUCAGAUCCUGGCUGUUUGUAACAGCUUCUGACGUUCCUCCAGCACUGAGGAGCUUGGUUGGAACAGAAAAUGUCCAGAGCUGGAACCAAGGUAGGUUUAUUUGCAGCCUAUACAUGACUGGCUAGGAGUACAGAAUUAAUCAGGGGUAAGUUGUGGAGAAACUUUGGUAUCUUUGUUCUGCUGACAGCCUCCCCCUCUGUCCGUCCCCCUCUGUCGACAAGAGGAUAUGCUUCAAAUUCCAGCUCAAAUGGAGGAGGGAAGCUGGAGCUGAGCCCUCCCUAGUCUUUUCCCAGAUCUUGGCUGUUACUUUAGGUGUGGCUCUGCGAGAGGAUGGAGUCGGACACAGUGACUGGUGAAGGGAUAUUUUAAGAUGCACCAGGACCUGAUGCCUUGUAAAUUGGUGGUGGAGGCUGCUGUGGCAGCAGCAAAUGUGACGAGUUGCAUUUGCAGAACAGAGUCUCGUGGAAGGCUUCCUUGGGAGGACCUGAGUCCCAACACCAGCGGCAGCUGCCACGUCCCCCUUCCGUGGUGGAGCAAAGGGUGUGCUGCGACAGAAGUGAAUGAUGACCCUAGCACCAAAGGCAACAGCAUUCCCCAAGGGAUGCGAACUGGCCUUGGGAUUUGGUGGAAUCGGCAGAGGUGAAUUUAAACGAGAUGGAGGUAGACCAGAAAGCUCAACUUCAGCUAGUGGUGUGCAUCAGGUGGAGAUCCAGCUCUAACGCUGCGUUCUUCAGUCUUCAAGUGAGCAGAGCCCAGCUGGCUGGUCGCACAGAGCUUGGUGCAGAGUUGGGAGUGGGCAGGGAUAAACAGCUGGGAAAGGAGUCAAGAACUUCGGGGUAGCAGCCAGCUUCCCCGCUGAAGCAACUGUUAAGAGGUAGUGAACAGAUAUAAGUCUUUCCAUUGUAGAAGCUUUGCUUGUGGGUUAUGUUCCUUUUAACCAGAGGAGACUGUAAGACCCAAGAGGGCAGAGGGCUCAGAAGCAGAGUGGUUUGGUAGGCGCUGGCCGAUGCUAUGGAAGAUCUAGAUUCAGUCUCUGCUUCUCCACACCUUUUGUUCUGUGAUCUUUGCUCAAAGUGAUUUGACUAUUUCUGAGCAGUCUUUAGAAACUGAACACAGGGUGCUGCUUCCUUCUAACUUGGUGGCUGUCAGAUAGCAGUGGUACAGUCUUUAUGUACCUGUGCAUAAAGAAGGUGCUGGGGAAACGUAACUGAGUCAUGCUCGAGUCUCCUGUCCGCUUAAAGAGACUUAAAUACGUGCUGCUGUUACCCUUGCUGAGAGCUGUGUCCCCUGUGAGCUUGCUACAGGGAAUUUGUUGAUGAUGUGCUGCUGUGGUACAGCAAAAUGUCCAGAGGAGUUAAGUCAGUGAAAGAUGGGAAUCUCAUCUUUUCUCUAUGCCAUGCUCUUGUCUAGCACGUUCCAGGGAGAAGAAAAGGGCGAGGGAGUGAAUUACGCACUAUUUCUCACAACCUAAGCAAGCGGUCUGCCCUAGGGAGGGGUCACUGCCCCCAUUCUGCUUACUUAGAAGGCAGUGGGCACUACUAGUUAUUGUUUACAGUUAUUCUGUAUGAGUUUCCUUCUAACAGAGCUGCUGUUGGGAAGAAAUAUAACAACUGCUAUGAGGUGGCCAAGGGAGUAAGAGUUUUAUAGUCCUGUAAGGAAGAUCUGCUAUGGCAAAUAUUAUCUGCCAGGUAAGCCCCAAAAAAGCAAAGCUUGGGCAGUGAGCGAGGGUUAGUGCUGCAAGCAGAGCAACUCAGUGGUUUUACUGAAGGAAGGUGAUUUGUGUUGGAGUAAGAUGUGACUGAAAUGAACCAACGAAUCUAGAAUGGAAAUCCAUAAUUCACUUGUUGUUAUCCUGUGGGUGAAAAACAUCAUUCUGGUCUGUUUGUGCCCAAAUCACUGGAGGAAAGCUGCGAAGCACUGAGUGUGAAGGUCUGAAAUGAAUUGAGGGUGUGUGCAAAGAGCUGGGGUGGAGAAUGGGUGGGCAGGAGCCCUCUCCUUGAGUCUCCCUAUAAAUGGUCUAAGAAUAAAACAAUGAACAACACUUUUGGUUGGUCACUGUUCUGUGGGCAUGGCCAUGCUCUUUAUGUGCUCUCAGAUUUCUUUGGCCUUGUGGCUUUAUAAGUACAGGGAAAAUACCCUCCUAGGAACACCAGGUAGCUUUGCCAAAUUGCAGUUCAGUAGUGUUAGGCUGGGUGGAGAAGGAACACCUAAUGAGCUUUUAUUUUCUAUUACAAAAUUAAAGGCCAACUUAACCAACUUUGUGCACAGUUGCUGUGAUAAGAAAGAGAAGCUGGUUCUGCUGAAUACGCAGCUCAUGCGGGGCUAGGACUAGAGGUGAUGGAGACUCACUCCUUUCCCAGUGCCAGCCAUCCUGCUAUGAGGCAGGAGCAGGCAUCCCUCUGCCUGGGUGGGGUGCUGCCUGCACAGAGACCAGACCUGUGGUCUUACAGGCAUUGGGCAGAGUUCGCUACUGACUGUGCUGGACGCUCACUGCAUGGACAGGAGUGGGACUGCAGAUCAGAAGGGGCUGCAGAGUUUGGGGAGUGAGGUUGAAGAGAGGGGGAGCUCAUCAGCUGUCUCAGUGGAGGGCAAUGGCCGAGCUGCAAAGGGUAUUACAGGGAUGCUGUGGCUUUCUUGACCACUGGCUUCAGGAAGAGGACUUCUGGUGGUGAGUGACUGCCGAACGUCAGUGAGCAGGGCUUUCUUUGUUGCCUCUAGGGCUGGCAGAUUUUUCAGGUGAUAGCCUCUAGGGAGAAAGAUCCAGAAGCAGGAUCUGUAAAACAACAACAGGAUUGUGGCUGGCAAGGGCUGACCAACACAAUUAACUACCCAUUGGGUAGCAGUGUGGGAAACCAAAAGUUGGUCAUUUUGGUGCACACCUUUUACAACCUUUAUUCGCUUGCUGGAAAGAUGGUAGUGAUCUCCCAACUCUUCAUUUCACUGAAGCUGGGAGGAGCUUGCUCAGGAGGGAGAGACGUGGGGAGAGGUUGUUUUGUAUGUUCUGACUGCUUCGUAAUGGAAGACCAGUCUCUUGAAGGUCAGAGGAAAAUCUGAGCAAAAUAACAUCUUAAUAAACGUCUGCCAACAGGCCAUAAGGCCAAGGACAUAAAUCCUUUGGCACGAUUAGUCUGACUCCCCAGAUACUUGGUCAGGUUGGUGGGAUAUACUGACCAACCAGCUCUAGGAAAACUGUGGCCAACAUUUUUUUAACGCAAAGUGAAUGAAAAAAAAUACAGUGACUGGGUUGUCCUAGAUUUGAGUCUUACCUCCUGGGUUGAAAGUGUGACAAUGAAUGGUAUUUUAACAGCAGUCAUGUGAGAUUGGUACCAGUAGCCAAAGCACCAUAGGUGAAGCACAACCAGCUAGGAGCAAAAGGUGAUCAUGUAUCUUAUUACUCAAGAUAUGGAAAUACUAUGGAAAAUAUGGAUUACGGAGUACUGCGUGUUAGAUGUUCAAAUCACUGUGGCCAGAAAAAUUAUCUCCAGAGCAUCUGGGGGAAUUGGCUGAGGCAAUCUCAGACGCUACCAAAUAACUCGGCAGCAUGUAUGGGGCUGAUGCCAUACUGGAGGGCUGGAAAAGGUGAAAUGUUGUCUUGAGUAUCUACGGCAUUGGAUCAACCAACUUGCACAUCAGUUGAUUCAACGCAAGGCUCUAGAAGACACUGGAGUAAGUAAUCAAACUCCUGUUAGGGUGGAAGAUGGGCUGGUGAUUGGGUGCAGCUGAAAGUGAUCUAUUGAGACUGAUUUGUGUCGAACUAAUGUAAUUUUUGGUGUGGUCUGGCAUAACAGCAUCAUAAGCAAGCAAAGGAUAUAGUCAAAAUAGACAGGAUGGUUUGAAAACCCGUAUUGCAAAGAGCGGCUCUUGAUGAAUAACAGUCAUCUGGAAAGAUGUAAAAAUGGGGCUGUACAAAGAACUGGUCCAGGUCUAGGGCUUGACAAUAUUUCCAUGAAGGGCUUUCUGAAGAAAGCACAUGUUGCCUCUCCAGGGCUGUCUGGGUUGGUGAUACCUCAGGCAAGAGGAAUGGGAUUUGCUCACCAGCUCUUGAGAAGAUUUUGAAACAGGUUGUGAUCAAGUAGGGAAAAAGCACAGCUAAGCAAAGUGCUUUGCAGUGAGCUGCCUGGCUGUAGAGCGGCUCUUGGGAAAGAAAUGUGGUGAUGGAUUGGAAAAUUGUCACCCAUAUCACAAAGUUGCAGCAACCAAAGCAGAAGGAAGCCAACUGCAAAUGCAAUCCUCGGAUGUCUGAAGAACUGUGCUAUCCACCAUGUAAGUGGAGUGCUCCUUUAGUUUUUCUUGGCACUGGUAAAGCUUGUGUGAUGUCCAGUUUUUGGCAUUGGCUUUUUCAAAAGUGAUCUGUGGACUGUUAGAGUGGGAACAAGGAGAAUGAUUGCAGGGCUAGAAGACACGACCCAGGAGGAAAGAGACCUCACCAUGCCCUUAUCAAUACAGGUCUAACUGCAAACAAUUGGUAAGCCAACAUAAAUGAAAUGCUGCUUAGUACGGUCCGUUGACUAUUUAUGGCUCCCUUGGCCAUAAUUUAGUAACUACUGAUCUAGAGAAGGUGGGAGGGAAAUGUUUUAAUAGAGUUUUCUUGCAAAGAGGAGAGGGACUUCACCAAGGGAGCUUUGGAUUGGAUUGAGACAGAACUAGAUGCUGGGAAGGGCAAGAAAAUGGUGGCAGCUGGAGUCUCUGGGGCCAGACUGGCUGCCAGGAUUUGUUGGGAUGCAGUUGAUCCUGCUCAGUGGUUGGGCUUGGUGACUUUUUUUGACAUCUUGAGGGCUCUGUUUUCAGAUAUUUCAUGCCAUGAUGUGGCUAGAAUAUGGAUGCAGGCAUGUGCACACACUGAGUGAUGAGGAACCUCCCUGCUUUCCUUCCUCUGCUUGUGUUUCAGGUCACCUUCUAUGAAGACAAGAAUUUCCUAGGUCGUUCCUACGAGUGCGACGGCGACUGCCCUGAUUUUCACACCUACCUGAGCCGCUGCAACUCCAUCCGUGUGGAUGGGGGCACCUGGGUGGCCUAUGAGAGGCCCAACUUCUCUGGGAACAUGUAUGUUCUGACACACGGGGAGUAUCCUGACUACCACCACUGGAUGGGCCUCAAUGACCGCCUCGGCUCCUGCAAAGCCAUCCAGAUACCAAGUGGAGGCCGGGGCCACAUCCAGGUAUUUGAGAAGGGAGAUUUUGGCGGUCAGAUGUUCGAAGCCACUGAAGACUGCCCUUCUGUCAUGGAGGAGUGGCACAUGCGUGAGGUCCACGCCUGCAGAGUGCUGGAAGGCGUCUGGGUUUUCUAUGAGCAUCCCAACUACCGGGGCAGGCAGUACCUGCUGCCCAAGGGGGAGUACCGCAAACCCGUGGAGUGGGGAGCGGCGAGCCCCGCUGUCCAGUCCUUCCGCAGCAUCGCUGAGUGAGGCAGCCCAUUGACUGGGCUGCUGGAAGCCGUCAAUAAAAGCAAC